UUCUUUUCCGCAACUGUUUGCUGAAGAGCUAGCCGAUCAGGGGAGAUCACUUAACUAUUACAAGCUCACCAACCCAUCGUUCAUGUUACUGUUGCGUUCUUAAAACAUCUUUGUGGUGGCUGGAUAAAUACAAGUUGAAAUAAUGGCUUCAGACCUCCCAAGUGAUUUUGACAUUGUGGUUCUUGGUACAGGGCUUCAAGAAAGUAUUCUUGCAGCUGCUUUUUCUAGAAUUGGCCUGAAAGUUCUCCACAUUGACAGGAAUGACUAUUACGGUGGGCCCUGGGCUUCCUUCAAUCUGCAAGGCGUUGACAAGUGGAUUAUUCAGAAACAGCAGAGUGCAUCAUUUUGUUGCCAACCACUUGACUCUGAUCAUCUGUUGACCUUGGUGAAGGAAGGGGAAAAGCUUCUGGAACUUCCAGGAACAUACACCAGUGUCUUGGAACCCCAGUCACACUACCAUGUGGAUAAACGACCAGAGAUAAAUGAGGAAAAGAUUGCCGAGGACACACAAGACAUGAAUGUUAGCAUUCAGAGACAGGAGAACAAUAAUACUUUACCACAGAGUGCUUCAUCUGAAUAUGAUGGUGAAAAGGACAAACCAGGACAAAAGCCAAGUGUUGUUGAGACAGCCCAAAGUAAAGAAGGGGCUUUAGGUGGUGGAUCUAAAGAGGGAACAACUGCUGAGGAAAGUGUUGCCAAAGACUUUGAUGGUCAGUUUAGCUCUGCUUCAGAAGAGGAUGGAGAAUCAGCAGACACCCCAACUGUUGACAAGGAGACAUCUCCAUCAGAUGUGGUUGAUUACAUACCAACAAAAGACAAACAGGAAAGGCAGUGUGAGUGGUUUGCUGAUGACAUAUGUAAAGAGUGGAGGAGAUACAGCAUAGACCUAGCACCAAAGCUGCUAUACUGUGCCGGAUCUAUGGUGGAACUGCUGAUUGUCUCAGAUGUUGCCAAGUAUUGUGAAUUUCGAACAGUCAGUCGUGUGCUCACAAUGCAUGAUGGGAAACUUGAAAAGGUACCCUGCUCACGAGCAGAUGUAUUCAGCAGCAAAAUCCUGACUUUGCCCGAAAAACGACUGCUCAUGAAAUUCCUGACAUUUGCUGCAGAAUAUGAGCAACAUUCUGAAACCUACCAGGAUUAUUUGGAUAGGCCAUUUGCAGAUUUUCUUGACUCCCAGAAACUGACUACCAGGAUCAAACAUUUUGUGAUGGAAGCUAUUGCCAUGGUACUUCCCUCCUCUUCUACACAAGAGGGCUUGGCCAGCACACAGAAGUUCCUCCGUUCUCUGGGUCGUUAUGGUAACACAGCUUUUUUGUUUCCACUGUAUGGCAGUGGAGAACUUCCUCAGGGCUUUUGCAGGCUUUCUGCAGUGUUUGGAGGUUGCUACUGUCUUACUUUGUCAGCUUUACAUCUUGUCAUCACAGAGGCAGAUAACAGAUGUAUAGGUAUUAUCACAAAUGGUGGUCAGAGAAUCAACUGCAAAUACCUCAUAGGAGACCCAAGUUAUAUGCCAUCAGAUUUCUACAUUCAUGACAACAGGAAUAUCAGUCGAGGGAUAUUUGUGACAGAUAGAACUAUCUUUCCUGGAGCUGAAGAGGAGUUGUCACUUUUAUACUUACUUCAACAUAGCGAGGAAAAUGCUACAGCAACUACUGUGCUGGAGUUACCUUCUUCUGCCAUGGUUUGUCAAGGCAGUACAUAUCUUGUUCAUCUAACAUGUAGUGCUAGGGCUGAUGCUGCAACAGAUUUAAAGCCUGCCGCCAACACACUUUUUGACAUGUGUCCUCAGCAGACAGAUGACUGUGCAGAAGUGGGAAAGAGAAAGCCCAGGGUACUCUGGUCACUUUUUUUCAAGCAGGUAGAUUUAUCAAAUAUCACAGCCACAGAGAAGGUACCAGAGAAUUUGUUUAUUGUGUGCGGGCCUGGAGCUGAGAUAGAUCCAGACAAACAUGUUGCAGAGGCUAGAAAGAUCUUCAAGAAGAUUUGCCCAGAUGAAGAAUUUUUGCCUAAACCCCCACAUCCUGAUGACAUCAUUUUCGUAGAUGAUGAAGAAACUCCAGCAACAGGCAACCAGUCAUCUGUUCUCUCUGCUGAUCUAGAUGUGGAUGGUGAGGGAGUUGACUGCACUGAAUCAAAACAAAUACAAAGAGAUGCAAAGGAAGAGGCUACAGAAUCGGAAAGUGUUACAGAGAGUAAUGUGACAGAAAACACUGAAGAAGGACAAGAGAAGAGCGAAAAAAAAUGACACCAAAAGAUAAUUCUGAGGCUAGAACAAAGGGGCACAGUUGAGAGAGUUGUGUUGAUUUAUCAGCAUUUGGAAUUAAUAGGCAUAUAGAAACAGCCAUUUGAACAGUGUGAUGAUGGCAGACUGGCCAUAGAGACUGUUGAUACUAUGAAUUUUCUGGCCGUGCUGAAAUUUGUAUCUGCAAGUUGUAUAUAUACUCAUUGCUGUAUUCCCAGCACCCCUGCUUGACUGAAGGAAGGAAACUCAAAAUCUUGUUCUAAUUUGUGGUUAAAAAAAAUUGUUAUGUUGACAGGAAAGUACAAAAGAUUACUUUAGUUGGGUUUUUCUUUCAACCUGUAUUUUUUGUCUGUGAAUCAGAGAUGACUGCAUGUUUUAAGAACAAAAAAUAGAGUUUCUCACAUAUCAAUGAGCCUGCAGAAAUCUACAAUUAGUGCAAAUGCUUUUGUAUGAAUGUUUUACUGUUUUGGUGUACUGUAGCACUUAAAGGUUGCCAUAUUUAAUGGUCAUGUAAUGCUGUGUCUCCUUAUGGCUAAGAGAUUCUUAGGAGGCACUAUUUACCUGUGAUUUAAAAAAAAAUAUUUUCUAAGUUAUUCUGAAUGCUCUGUAUACCAGUAAGUAAACUUGUAAAGCUUCCUACCUCUUUUUGUGUAAAGAUUUUGUAUUAUUUCCAUCUAUUCAUCAGUUAACUUUAAGCAUCAUGAUAAACUGUUUUUUAUAUGAAUUCCAGUUUUGUAAUAUUUCCUCUCCCUUUGCGUGCAUUGGGUGAUGAUGGGGUUAAGCACUUGUUACGAGUAGAAUGAGAAUCAGGUGUUCUGGGCUCAGGUCUUAUCUCAGACACAUGGUUCUUUUUCUGCAUGCGGCACUUAUAUACAGAGCCGGCUGCUUCUCUGCCAUACAGCCUUAGUUGCUGGCUCAGUAUGAAAUACUGCUAUACCAUCCUCUUUGUGCAUUCAAUUAAAAAGCAGAACUUUGCUUUUAAUUUGGCAAAUUUUCAGAUAACAUGACACUCCAGGAAAUGUCUUUGUUAUCAAUGUGGUAGAAUUAGUGGAAAAUAAGCGAAAAAAAUUAAAGACUUAAGCAAUAAAAUUGCAAAUUAUCCAAAUGAUGUUUGCUAUGUCUGAUUGUUAGGCAUCUCAUGUAUUACCUAUUUCAUAAAUGUCAUUGAUGUAGCAAAUUUUUUUACUAAAUUAGUUAGUAUGUCACAGCUGGUAUAUAUCAUAGAUAUUAGCUGGUUUUAUAAUUAAAAGAUGUCUGCAAAAGCACCAGAAAUAAAAUGUUUUACAGCCUUA